UAUAAAUUAUGUCAUGUGGUAGAUGUUUCCUGAUAAACGUUCAUACCGUAUAAAUUUACGGAGACUAAGAAUGAUAUCCUUAAAGUAUUUAUACUACACAAAUUCCUAACAGGAUACGGGAUGACGAAUGAGGAAGAAAAGGUCCUUCUCUCAACUGGGAAGUGCCUAGUUAUGCCUUUGGUAUCAAAGAAUGAUAACAAGGAAGAAGAGGAAGACAAGGUGGUAACCGAGAGAAUUUAUAAUGUUUGGGGAAGUAGCUCAGGAGCAGGCAGUGAUUUUCUGAAUUUAUAUCGAAGAAGUCGAAAUAUUGAAAUGAAAAGGGUCGAAGAAAUGGAAAGGGCGUGGAGGGAAGAUAUGGAAAAAAAACUCUUUCAAGCCAAACGAUUACACAGAAUACAAAAGGAGUCCGAAAAAACGGCAAAAAAGAAAAUGAAGAGGGAUAAAAAGAAACAGAAGAUAAGGGCUUUGAGAAAGGAAGGAUCAAAACAAGAAACAAAUGAUACCACCUGACACGGUUAUAAUAUCGCACUUUUAAAAUAAAACACUAACUGCAUGUGAAUCCGUU